AUGAUUAUCUCAUCAAGGUACAAGACCGACUCAACUUUACUAUCAAAUGUGGCGACAGCAGAUGACAUGCAACUAGCAUCGGUAUCGCAGAAGAGCUUUGAAUCUCAGGAUGGACUUACGCAAGUUCUGCCGAAACGUGCUGCUCCUCCCUUCCCCACACCUGCUCCUCUUCCUAUCCUCAAAGAUCAUUUCGAUGUGGAGGCUGCUUCGAGAACUGUUUUACCUAAUGCGGAAGUCGCCCUUUUUGCGGACGAGGAUGUUGCAGAACAAGAACCUGCUGAUUUUGACAGAAUGGUUCUUCUCAAUUACGGUAGUACAGAUGGACGGCUUGAAGAUGAUGAGGAACCCACCUCCGCCUCUGAAUGGAAUAAUCAGAAGGGAAUUCUGCCAGCACGGAAGGAAUUGAAAUUCAGGGACUUGAAGAAAGCAGAUGAGGAAGCUGCCGUCGUGCAACGUAUUUUAGAGGAAGUAUGCCCUCCAUCGUCAGUUCAACCUCGAUCAUCAUCGGGAACUGCUGACAAUGAAGCCGUUGCCGUACAAAGGAUUUUAGAGGAGGUGUGCCCUUCGUCUUCAUUAUGGGCUCUUCCAUCUUCAGGAACGGCUAAAAAGGAAGCUGACGAGGGACCCAUGCCGCUAACAAUUGUUCGGAAACGCAAAUCAUACAAAAGAAAAACAAGAGGCAGACCCAAACGGGUUGAAAAAGAACAAGCUGAAUAUGUACCCACUUCUUUACAGAGAACAGGUCGACCUCGAGGACGGCCAAAGAAGAAUGGAGCUAUUUCUGGCAUUAAAUCAGAUAGAAAAACAAUUGAGAAAAAAUAUGCAAUGAGCAACGAAAGGCGAGGUCGUCCUCGUCGUGCGGCAUCCAUGAUACAAGAUUUUUUAGAGUUGUACGCGAAAGUGGACCUGUCUGAUCUUGAGGAGGUUCAUGCACGGGCCACCACUUUUGUGAGAAUGUUGAUAGAUGAAUAUGCUGCAGCAUCUAAAGAGGACUCUAGAAAUUCACCGAAGGAAGAAGAA